AUGCGCAACCUUCGCAAUGUCCGCCUCGGCCGCUGGAGCCAUGCCGACAUCACCUCGGCCUGCUGGGACCCUGAGAAGGAUGAGGUGCUCUGCACUGUCGGGCCCUCGACGCACAGCUCAGCCAUUGAGCUGGUGAGGGUGUCGGAGAAGAAUCUCACCACCUCGCACAAGAGUGUCGCCACCUGGGAUGCCCCCAGUCCUCAUCCUGACCUGCCCGUCGACACCAUCGUGAGCAGUCAGUAUCUGAGUGGCUCUGGGACGACAUGUCUUGUUUUCCAAGGUGGAGACAUUGUCACGGUUCAAGAGGACCAUUCCUCCGACGAGGGCGCUCAUAUCGAGAUCAUGGGCUCCAUCGACGCCGGCAUCGCCGCCGCACGCUGGUCGCCCGAUGAGGAGCUCCUGGCCAUCGUCACCAAGGACCACAACCUCAUCUUCAUGGGCAGCACAUUCGACCCCGUCGUCGAGGUGGCCAUGACCACCGAGGAUCUCAAAGCGUCCAAGCACGUAUCCGUCGGAUGGGGAAAGAAGGAGACGCAGUUCCAGGGCAGAGGCGCAAAGGCACUUCGCGACCCCACCAUUCCCGAAAAGGUUGACGAGGGUCUCCCGAGCAGCUAUGAGGAUAGCUCGACGACAAUCAGCUGGCGUGGUGACGGCGCCUUCGUUGCCGUAAACUCGCUUCAAGAGGACAGUCGGCGCGUCAUCCGCGUCUAUUCCCGCGAGGGCGAGCUGGACAGCGCGAGCGAGCCUGUCGAUGGCCUCGAGGGGACUCUGAGCUGGCGACCCGCAGGCAACCUCAUGGCGGGUAUCCAGCGACGCUCCGAUAGUAUCGACGUCGUCUUCUUUGAGAGAAACGGCUUGCGCCAUGGACAGUUCACGCUCCGCUCGCCUCAGGGCUCUGUCGUUGAUCACUCCAAGAUCCGCCUUCAAUGGAACUCGGACUCGACGGUACUUGCUGUCGCCCUGGACGGCUUGGUUCAGUUCUGGACCAUGGGCAACUACCACUGGUACCUCAAACAAGAAAUUCCUUUGGCUUCGGGUUGCCCACAGCUUUCAUGGCACCCUGAGAAGGCACUACGCUUCGCCGUCGCCACCUCCACCCAAGCCCUCCUGACCGAGUAUAUCCUCCACACUACGCGCGGGUCAUGUCUACCCCCUUACGACAACGGCGUCGUUUCCGUCAUCGAUGGCGAGACCGUCAAACUGACACCCUUUCGGACGGCAAACGUGCCGCCGCCCAUGUCCCUGUUCGACGUUGCAUGCCAGUCUGCCGUGGUCGAUGUUGCUUUUGGCCACCAGAACACCUCCUUUGCGGUUCUGCAUCGACUUGGCGUGGAUGUCUACGAUAUGCCCAUGAAGAACGGGCGAUCUACCAAACCCCAAUUGAGAACACAGGCGCCUCUGCCAAGCGCCAGCGCCAUACCGCUGAGGAUAUCGUGCGUCUCGGGGAAUGUCUUCCGGACCUCAUUCUCCGACGGCAACAGCGUUGUUCAAGCCCGAAUCGAUGGCUCCAGUGGCAGAUUUGGUGGCAUUGCGGAAGACAAGCAACGGUUGGUGUCUAUAUCCACAUUCGAGGACGACGAGUCCAUCGAGGGGUACGGCCAGGACCUCUCCGGAAACCUCUACAACCUAUCUAGUCCCGACUCCGAUCUCCUGCCCGUUCGAUUCCCGACCCAUCUGCCAUGGUUUGAGAUGAGCAAGCCCGAGGGCAUCGCCACCGCCUUUGGUCUCUCACGGAGCGGCCACAUCUAUGCCAAUUCGCGGCUUCUUGCGAAGAGCUGCACCUCCUUUAUCAUCACACCGAGCCAUCUCAUCUUCACAACCAGCAACCAUCUUGUCAAAUACGUCCAUUUGACAUCUGACGUCGAAGCUCUUCAAGUCCCGGCAGACGAUCCUGAAAGGGACGAGAGGUGUCGCAGCGUCGAGCGAGGGUCCCGCCUCGUAACGGCCAUCCCCACCAAUAUGAGCAUCGUCCUUCAGAUGCCGAGAGGCAACGUCGAGACCAUCUUCCCACGGGCCAUGGUUGUCGCUGGCAUACGCAGCCUCAUCGACGAAAAGAACUACGCCAGGGCCUUCUCCUACUGCCGCACCCAGCGUGUCGACAUGAAUAUCUUGUACGACCAUCACCCGACACAGUUUUUGGCUAGCGUUGGCCUCUUCCUGGACCAGCUCAAGGACGUGACGUACACUGAUCUCUUCCUCUCGUCUCUCAGGGAGGAGGACGUCACGCAGACCAUGUACCAAGAUACCAAGCGGGCGCGAGCUGGACCGCUUGGUGGCACAGCAGAGACAGACCCUUCUACAGGCGUCGCGAAGCUGCCUGCCUCGAAAGUAAAUACCAUUUGCGACGCUCUGCUCAAGAGCCUCCUUUCUCGCAAAACUACCAACCUCCAAAACAUCAUCACCGCCCACGUUUGCAAAGCCCCACCGGCACUGGACGACGGCCUCACCCUCGUGGCCGACUUGAUGCGGGAAGACGGGAAGGUGGCCGAAAAGGCUGUCGAGCACAUCUGCUUCCUCGUCGAUGUCAAUCGCGUGUACGAACACGCCCUUGGCCUGUACAACCUAGAACUCGCACUUCUAGUUGCCCAGCAGUCGCAGCGCGACCCCCGAGAAUACCUCCCCUUCAUUCAGAACCUCCAUGCGCUCCCUGAGCUCCGCCGCAAAUUCGAGAUUGACGACCACCUCGCGCGGCGGACCAAGGCACUCCUGCAUCUGCAGGCUUUGGAUGGCUUCGACGAGCUAUGCGACUACACCACGCGGCACGCUCUAUACCAGGAUGCCCUGAAGCUCUACCGGUACGACCAGCCGCGCCUGAACGCACUUACCGAGCUGUACGCCGCACACCUCGAGGCCACGUCGGCCUUUCGCGAGGCCGGCCUGGCGUACGAGUCCCUGCAGAACUACACCAAGGCGACCAAUUGCUACCGUGCCUCGGGCGCCACCUGCUGGCAGGAGUGCCUCUACACAGCGCAGCAGCAGCGGCCACCCCUGUCGGCCGGCGCCAUGGCGGACCUGGCGACGAGCCUGGCCGAUGCGCUGUGGGAGGCCAAGGACUACAGCGCGGCGGCCACGAUCCACGCCGACUACCUGUCCUCGCUCGAGACGGCAGUCAAGUGCCUCUGCAAGGGCUACCACUUCGCCGAGGCGAUCCGGCUCGUGGUGCUCAGGUCCCGCGCCGACCUGCUCGAGACGAGCGUCGAUGCGGGGCUCGCCGAGGCGCUCGGCAGCACGACCGAGUUUCUCGCUGACUGCAAGGGCCAGCUCCUGGCGCAGGUGCCGCGCAUCGCCGAGCUGCGCCGCAAGGCGGCCGAAGACCCGCUGGCGUUCUACGAGGGCGAGCGCGCCGGCGGCGCAGACAUACCCGACGACGUGUCGGUGGCGGCGAGCUCGCGCAUCAGCACCAGCGCCAGCCUGUUCACGCGCUACACGGGCAAGGGCGGCGCCGGUAGCGUGGGCACGGUCGGCACGGGAGUCAGCCGCGCCACGAGCAAGAACCGCCGCCGCGAGGAGAAGAAGCGCGCCCGGGGCCGCAAGGGCACCGUCUACGAGGAGGAGUACCUCGUCAACAGCGUGCGCCGCCUCGUCGAGCGCGUCGCCGCCACCGGCGCAGAGGUCGAGCGCCUCGUCUUCGCCCUCGUGCGUAGGGGCAUGGCGGAGCGCGCCCGCGCCGCAGAGGCCCUCAUGGCCGACGUGGUGGAGGCCUGCGACCGCGCCGUCGCCGAGGUGUUUGCAGGCCCGGCGACGGCGGAGAGCGGUGGCGGCAGCGGCAGCGACGGCCAGGACGCGGGCCGGGGGGCCGCCGCCGAGGAGGCGCCCGCGUGGAAAGCGACGGGCGGCGACGCCGUGCUGCAGGACUGGAUGGCCGGCCGGAGCAAGAGGCUGGAGCCGCCCGUGCUGCCGGCCAUGAAGAAGCUGGCCCUGCUCGGAUGAUGCCGUGAAAGUAGUUAGAUCACGCAGCCGGCGUCUUGCCUCCUUCUCCCACUAUGAAGGGAACAGUUGAAUACCAGAAAAAUAGAAGAUAUAUAUAUAUUUUCAACGACACAUAGAAAAAGGUCCCUCCCACCCAGCGUGCAUGGAAGCAAGCCCCCUGAGUGGUGAGCACCAUGACCAAGGGACAGACGGACACAGCAAGGCAAGGCAAGGAAGGCAUGGUAUGACAUGGCAUGGCAAAGCGAGGCAUCACAAGGCGCGGCACGGCGCGGCACGGCAGAUAUAAACAGUCAUCUUUGUUGAAUUCUUGCCCACGUCAAGCAGUAACAAGAGACCGGACCGCUCCCGCUAUGACGAGGGAAAAAAAAAAGCAAGCAACAGAGACGAAAAACACAAACACACGGCAGCGCCACCGCACCAAAAGCUGAAAGCCAGAAAAUCCUCGCCACACAAGCAACAGGGGGGAAAAACACCGAUGAAUCAAGGUCGAAGUUAUAAAAAAAAGUAAACCCCUUUGUAUAACAGGGCCGGGCGGGCGGCGGAUGUUG